AUCGAAAGUUGCUUUUUGUGUUUGUAAUAUACGUGUUCUUUCGUGUCAAUGCGGCGUACGUGUUAUUUUUGUGAGAACUGAAUAGACAUCGAAAUCUUAUUACUGACAAUCGGGCGACAUUACCUACAAUAGAAAAAGAUGCCUGCAAUUCAUACUUACGAUGCGACGAAAGUUACUUUCCACGUGUUCGAUACACACGUCAGAAAGAUAACAAUCGCAGAUAUGCAGACUGUUGAAGAUCUUGUCCAAUAUUUCGAGAAACGUAUCGAAGACGGGGAGGUGUACAGGGAUCUGUACAUGGCCAGGUCGAUACUUGUUUGGAUGUCACAUAUGGUGAACUGGAAGUUGAAACAAAACUUGCCAAAAAGCAUACAGGGACUUGUAGAUGAAAACAGUUAUCCUCCUUUAACAUUCAGCAUGUUGUGCGAAGCGGCCCAUAUAGCAAAUAAAACUAUAGUGGGCAAAGCUAAGGAUGUUACAUUUGAACCAGGAUAUCCGUACAAAGAUAUUCCACAGGGAAUGUGGAACAGCUUCUUAUGCAAUAAUACCUGGCAUUUGGUUUUCACUGAACUUGCCAUUGCAAGGGCAAGCGGAUACAGGCGAGGUGGGGAGAUUGUCAUUGAAAGUGACGGAAAUAGAAAAUUUGAGCCACAACAGAGCAAUAAAGGGCAAGACGUAGCAAUAUUUUCAGAAUUCUGGUUCUGUAUUAGUCCUAAAAUAAUGUCUAGACAAGCUUUUCCAGAGGACCCCACUUUUCAGUAUAUGCCGAUGGGGCAAUAUUUGAGCCAAUCAGAUUUUGCUUCAUGCGCGUUGCUGCUCCCAGAAUUUUACAGAUCGGACAUGACGCUUCUGUCGGAAAAUGCAUGCGUUUUGCAAUCCAAACGGGGACGAUGCGUUAUCAAUAUCGGCUGUCCCUCUGGUUCACUCAAAGGCGUCGAAUUCACAUAUAAACUUUGUCUGAUUGUUCAAAAAGGAAAAGACGACGCAUGUGCAGAACAUAUCCAAGCAUUUCCCAGAAUGGUGGUCUUUGCACCUGGAAUGGACGGCGUAACCUUUACUAUCAGUCUUCCAGUCACUGGAGAGUACACAUUCAGCACGGCUAUUAAAACUAAAACAAAUGACCACAAUCGUAAUCCAGAAUGCUUCAAGUUCAAAAUCAUUUGCAAUGAAAUUGACAAAUACUGCAGAAACAUUCCUCAAUCGGUGACAGAGAUGGGUGUUGGUUUCACGCCCGUUGCAAAGGACUUCGGUUUAAAGCAUCCGUCGAAUAUUGCAACAACGUUGGUUGUCAAAUGCGAUCCCGAUCAGCUCUUGGCGUCAGACAUAGAAGUUGAACCGGAAUCCGUGAUAUUCAGAGUUGCAGAAGAUAGAAUCAACGAAGUGGAAUUCACAUCCGAAUUUCUCGAUGACAUAGACAACAUUGGCUUCUCUGAGGUAAAUCUGGACAAGGAAAAGGGAGAGCUAGAGGUCAAAGCAGGGCUCAAGAAACCUGGAGAGAGUGUCCUUGUUGUCAAGGGCAGAGAAAUAGCACGCGGUCAGGAUUUCCAGCCAAUCCUAAACUAUAUUGUCAGCUCUCACGAAAAAGUUGAUGAUAAUUAUGAAAGACGGCUGCGACAUAUAAAGCGAGUCAACGCUAGCAACAAAAAGAAGGACGCGAAAGAAGAUUACAAAGCACAGCUGAAAGAUCAUGUCAUUGCCAUUCGCAAAGAAAUCGAAAACCUAAACAAAGCUGUAAUAAAAACACACGAGUUGCAACUCAAAGUCAACAUUGAAGUCAAUAAGGAAGUCAAAACUACUUCAGAGCUGUACGAAAAUUAUCCAGCAAACUCAGAACGUGGAUUUGGGCUGACCUUCGAUGACUCGGCACAUUUUCAGCAGUUCACAUCCUUGCCAAAAUCAUGGCAGACCGAUUACAGUGUCUCCGAGGGAAGUAAAUCAGCAGAAGUCUUAACAUCCAUGGCAUUUUCAUGUGAAGAUUUCAGUGAUACAGAAGUAAAAAAGUCGCAAGGAGGAGCUAAUCUCCAUGAGCAUGCCUCAACAAAGUUCAAGGCGGAUAAGAAGUACAUUCAUCUGAAGAACAGACACAUGCGCCUGAAGAACACUUUGAUUCUAGAGCAAACCAGAGUGGCCCGUUUAGAGCAAGUGAAACUGAAGGAAGAAAUUGCAGUUCUGAAACUGAAGAGAGGUCAUCUUGAAAAGUCUUCGUUCUUAUAAACCAAGAGGCUUUCAAACACACUUUCAAAAAUAUUUUUAUUGAAAUGUAUUUCAUACUGCAAAAGCAGGAAAGAACUCUCUGACAGUGCAUGUAUGUUCAAAACAUUUGGAAUGAUUUAGAAAAUACUAAUUACCAAAUCGGUUAAUAUGACGUGCACUUACUAUAAACUAACCUUUGGGUUGCUCGAAACAGCGACGCAAUAUCCAUUGAUGCUACGAAGUAUGGGUAUAUAAUAUCACUUAUCAAAUAAAUCGGUCGGUUUGUAUUUUCAUCCAUUUUUUCUUGCACUUUUCAAACAUCCAUUUAAAUAUAUCCGUUCAAUAUACACAAGCACAUCAUACAUUAAAUCACAUUAAAAUGCCACUACAAUAACAUGUGAUGACAAUUAAUUGAUAUAUGCAUGUAUUUUCAGUGCCAAAGAUGCAGUUUAUCAAACUGCCAGUCUGACAGAGAUUGGCUUUUUAAUCUACAUGUGUGAAUGUCCUUUAAUUUCAUACAAUUCACACAGUUUUAUAAUAUUAACAACAACAAUUAAGGCCACAUGAAGAUGAUGCAAACUCUAUAAUUAAGAUGGUUUAAUUCGACAUACGACUUCUAUAUUGAAAGCAAUCAAUACUGUCUUAAUCACCUAUCCUGUAUAUUUUAAAUUUAUUGGAGGUUCCCCUAUU